AGGACAGGAACAAGCUCCCCGGCGCAGCCAAUCGGCGCGCAGCUGCCCGCAUCUGGGGGCGCCUGGCGGAGAGGAGCGCCAUGGAGGUCCCCAGGUCUGGGCUGCUGCAGUAGCCGCCGCCGCCUGGACUGCGCCGCCGGCAGCUUCCAAUGGAUCCAGCCGCACCGCUGGGAUGAAGCCGGGAAGCGCACCAUGCCAACAUGCGUCUCCAACAGGCCUGCUACUGAAAGGCUCUUUCUCCGCAAUGAACCGUUUGGCAAGCGCCAGGAGGCUCCCGGCUUUCCACAGUGCUUGUUGGCGCUGAAAGUUACCUGCGUGGCCGCGAUGGAUUCCUUUGUGGUGGUGACAGAGUAUGACUCAACUUCAAGGCAUGCCCAGGAGGACGAGGAACCUAUGGAGCCAUGUGAGGAGCAGCCGGUGGUGCUGGACCCCAGAGGGCUUGAAGAAGAAGGUUUUCUUGGAGGUGUCCCAGGGGGCCCCUCACAAGAGAUGAGGGAACCUCGAACCAAACUGAACCUUUCAAGUCGCAAGCUCUCUCUCCAAGAAAGGUCUCAGUCUGUCCAGUCUCCUGGGAAUUCCAUGGGCAUUAACGGACGGUACAUUUACCCUUCUCUUCCUUACUCCCCCGUCACGUCUCCACAUUCUUCUCCUCGUCUGCCCCGGAGGCCGACGAUAGAAUCCCACCGAGUUUCUAUCACCGGACUGCAGGACUGCGUGCAGCUAAAUCAAUAUACACUGAAAGACGAAAUUGGAAAGGGCUCCUAUGGGGUCGUGAAGCUGGCGUACAAUGAAAAUGACAACACCUACUAUGCAAUGAAAGUGCUUUCCAAGAAGAAGCUGAUGAGGCAAGCGGGAUUUCCCCGCCGUCCUCCUCCUCGCGGUGCCAAGUCCCGUCUGGAAGGCUUCUGCCAACCCAAAGGACCCAUUGAGCAGGUCUACCAAGAGAUCGCCAUCUUGAAAAAACUUGACCACCCGAACGUAGUGAAGUUGGUGGAGGUGCUAGAUGACCCCAGUGAAGACCACCUGUACAUGGUGUUCGAACUUGUGAAAAAAGGGCCCGUGAUGGAAGUCCCAAACCUGAAACCUCUUACUGAAGACCAGGCUCGGUUCUACUUCCAAGACCUGAUCAAAGGCAUUGAAUACCUGCACUAUCAAAAGAUAAUCCACCGGGAUAUUAAGCCUUCCAAUCUUUUAGUUGGGGAAGACGGCCACAUCAAAAUAGCCGAUUUUGGGGUGAGCAAUGAAUUCAAAGGGACAGAUGCCCUGUUAACCAACACGGUGGGGACCCCAGCAUUCAUGGCGCCAGAGACCCUCUCGGAAACCAGGAAAAUAUUUUCUGGAAAGGCUUUAGAUGUCUGGGCAAUGGGGAUCACUCUCUACUGUUUUGUUUUUGGACAGUGCCCUUUUAUGGAUGAGCGGAUUCUAAGUUUGCACAGCAAAAUCAAGAGCCAGAUGCUGGAAUUUCCCGACCAGCCAGACAUUUCUGAUGAACUGAAAGAUCUGAUAACGCAGAUGUUGGACAAGAACCCAGAAUCCAGGAUCACAGUGCCAGAAAUUAAGGUGUAUCCCUGGGUCACCAAGAACGGAGUGGAACUGUUGCCAACAGAGGAUGAGAACUGCACACUCAUAGAGGUGACCGAAGAAGAGGUCGAGAAUUCAGUUAAACAUAUCCCAAGUUUGGCCACUGUGAUCCUGGUAAAAUCAAUGAUCCGGAAAAGAUCUUUUGGGAAUCCAUUUGAAGGGAGCAGAAGAGAAGAGCGAUCCCAGUCUGCCCCAGGCAAUCUGUUGACCAGGAAGCAAAGCAGCGAAGACAACCUUAAGAACAUCAACGACUUGCCAAAUCUGGGCGAGGAUGAAUUGCUUUCCUGAAGGCUGCCGUUCUGGUUGGAAUGCACCCGCUGGUUACCCACCCUCCCACCUGACUCCUUUACAAAGCAUGCAUCUGUGGAGAGAGCCCGAGUCAAACCAACCAGCGUUCAGUGACGCUGUGGUAACCAUAUAGAUGCUGAAUAUUGAGCUUUUUGCGGCAGCAUGCUGUAUAAGCCAGAAUCUGUCCACCCGUCAUAAAUAAGGACCAUGGCUGGGAUCGUUUGAUAGCAAAUUACGGGGACCAUGAACAGGCCUGCUACUAGACGUCGUCUGGAUAGAGCAACGUAAGAGUUGUUAUCCUGAUUUUGCAAAAGUCAACCAAAUGAGUUCAGGGAGGAGGCACAGGGGCAAAAGUUCUCAGGCCAAAUAUUUCCUUAAGAGUAUCUCAUAAAAGACCAUAGCCCGUAUUUUAAAAGCGUGUCAAAAAUGGGCGGCUGAGUGUGAUGCUUUCUGCCAAGCGGAGAUAGUGUUUGCAUCCUAACAGUAAUAUACAUUUUUCUUUUCUUUUUUUGCUUUUGUGUUUCUCUAUUUUUUUUAUUGAUUUUUCCUGCAUGGAAACAAAACAAACAAAAAAGCCACAUCAGGGUUUUUGGUUAUGCUUGGCUUUUUGUGGCUAGAGAUUAUUCACAGCUACAUAUGAGAGUGGUUUGCCUUGAUUUCAUUUGACUGUCCUCAAGGCCAUAACAGCGGUCUGGUUUGUGGGAUUUUGAAUGCUCCAGGAGUGCAAGUGGAAAGGCUCUCUUUUCUUUUUGAAAGGGCUGAAUGUGCCAGAACCCACAGAGCGCUGGAGUUCAAGGCGAUCAUGUUCAAGCACAAAUUUGAAAACACUCGCUGUGGGGGUGAAACAAAUAUUGUAUCUAGCUGCUGAAGCGUUAACAAGAAUUUAUUGCUUGCCAUUUCACUUGAUCACCGUGUCUGUAUGAGUGUGUACAAAAUUCAGGGUUUUUAAUAACAAUUAUAAUCCAACUCUUCCUCGUAUGUAACAUGGUUUAAUACAUUUUAAAAGAAUGACA